AUGAAGGCUUCUACCCUGCUCGCCCUUGCGGGCUUCACCACACUGGCCAUUGCCUCUCCUGUAGCCCCAUCUCGGACUGGGCCCGCUCGUGUCGAGGCUCGCCAGGCCAAUAGCACCACCUCCGCUCCCUGUGCCAAGGUCUCCGAGUACAUCUAUGGCGACGGAAAAUCGCCGUACAAACUACAGGUUCCUGCCCAGAUGGCAUGGGAUUGCAUCAAUGACGUUCCCUUCAACGCGUCCUCGGCAAAACGGCUCGUCAAGGCGAUUCGACCCUACAUCGACUGGCAGAGUACCCUCGACCAGCUCAAGAACCCCCCGGCCGAGUACGCUGAAAAAGUCCAGCCUGCUGUUGACAUCAUCGGCGGUCUCGACCAAAUCGAUGCAGACAUUGAUGCCGGCAAGUUCAAGAACGAGUACGACUUUGGCUGGACUCUCUACAGCCUGAUCCAGUCCGCCCACGAUGGCCACUUUGCAUUCGUUACCGAUUCCGUCGGCUCCAUCUUCAACUGGGGCCGCCCGAUUCCCCUCGUAUCUGUUUCCGAGGAUGGAGAACAGCUGCCUGCUGUCUUUGUCUUUGACGAUGUUCUUGGCAUGGAGUUCCAGAACAUUUCCUAUACGCCUUCUCCUGUUGUCCAGAUCGAUGGCAAGGACGCAACAGAAUUCCUAGAGGACCUCAGUCAGCGCGGCCAGCUCCAGGACCGUGACGCACUCUACAACAAUGUUUUCUACGAGCUCGCCCAAAUUAGCCUUGGCACCAUGGGCAGCGGCACUGGCACCUUCACUGGAGGUGGCCGUGGACGCUUGGUCUACCCUGGAGCCACCACAACCCUUACCUUUGCCAACGGGUCUAGCUACACCAUGGAGAACUAUGCUCGCCCAAUCAUCCCAUUCCGUAACAUCGCCACUGGCGCAGAUCUGGCCGAGAAGUGGCUCACCUAUGGUUCCACUGAGAUGCUUGCUCAGGCCGAAUCUCAUGACGAUGCUUCGACUUUUGCAACUACUGGUGCCGUGACCCCUGGUUUCCCCACUCCAGUCGCUGCUGGUCCCCUGAAUAUCAUCAACGGAUUCUACAUUGAUGACUCCGGAUACGAAGAUGUGGCAGUACUGCAGGUAGCCAACUUUGUAGGCUCGAGUAGCGCUGAGGCUCCGUUCCAGCAGCUGACUCGAGACUUCAUCGCCAAGGCUCUUACAGAUGCAAAAACAAAGUUGAUCAUUGACCUCCAGGCCAACGGUGGUGGUACUGUUCUGCAAGGCUAUGACAUGUUCAAGCAGCUAUUUCCUGAUGUCGAACCGCUGGGCAAUAACCGCUUCCGAGCGCACGAAGCCGUCGAUCUCAUCGGUCAGGCCUCUAGCGCCUUUGGUUCCCGAUUCCCCAGAGAAUACGGUACCAACAGGACCAUCAGCUUUGCACAGAGCUCCUUCUUUGACUACCACACCGAUAUGAAGGUAGAUGGCACUCCUUUCUCAUCUUGGGACGAGAAGAUGGGCCCCCACGAGGUCAAUGGCGGACUCUACACCACAGAGGCACGAUGGAACCUUUCCGACGUUUACAUUCCCUACUUGUCUGGAGGCAUCAACAUCACCGGCUACGGCCCUCUCGCAAGCGUCAAGGGCCCACCCAAGUUCUCUGCCGAAAACAUUGUCAUUGUGACAGAUGGAUACUGCGCGUCGACUUGCACCGUUUUCACCGAACUCAUGACGCAGGUGGCAGGUGUAAAGACCAUUGCCAUGGGCGGCCGCAGUAACAAGAACCCUAUUCAGGCCAUAGGCGGUACCAAGGGUGUCAACAACUACCAGUUCGCCUUCAUCCAGCAGUCCGCGCAAUAUGCCUUGAGGUAUGACCCCUCGUUGAACAGCUCCAUCCUGAGGGAGGACUACUACGACGACAUUGUCUUUACGCGCAGCGCGGGCAGUGGCGUGAAUUCGCGAGACGGACUUCGUGUCAACGACGAUUCUGGUAUUGCCCUGCAAUUCAUCUACGAGGAGGCCGACUGCCGCCUGUACUACACCCCGGAGAUGACUGUCGACAUAACUGCGUUGUGGCGGGCAGCAGCUGACGCGCGGUGGGGCAAGGGAAAGUGUGUGUCUGGGGGCAAAUACGGUGACGAGAAGCGCUCUGCUGCAAGGGUGACGACCAAGUUGAGUCGGCCCAAAGGACGCGUCCAAACCGCAAGCGCAGAUGCUGCUGACCGUAUGCACGCAUUUGAGAACAGCUACAAGCUGGAGACCAACUGCAAGCUCAAUGGAGACGGCUUUAUGCACCCGUAGGUCUGCAUGUUCACGUUCGACGUGGAUUAUGCUACAAAUGAUUUGGGUGUACGGCGCAAGCUAGGCGUCGUUAGUUAUAAUGUGUAGUGUUUACGAAUAUCCCACAGCUUUUACAUAGUUUCCUAGUAGGCACUGCGGUGCAAUGGAUACCCU